AAACAUUGCCUACUCUCGUGCUUGUACAAAUCUUACUUUGUACGUAUCCAUCGAUCACUCAAGCAAUCGUUUUACAGUUCUUUGUACAAUUCUGUUGCUUGCAAUUAUGAAAGUGUCCCACGUCGCUUUCAGCCUGUUCCUGGCUGGUUCCCAAACGACUGCCUUUACUAAUCCGGUAUCCAACUCGGCGAAACAACAAUCGUUCCGUCUUCCAAGUUCGGCAUCGUCGGCAGCGGAUACGACCUCCUCGGCCAAUGUCGCUCAAAAGAGCACGCAAGAUCCGUUGCUUAUUCGGGCGGCUCGUGGUGAAAAAACAGAACGCACUCCUGUUUGGAUGAUGCGACAAGCUGGUCGCCACAUUGCGGAAUACCGGGACUUGUGCAAAAAGUACCCCACCUUUCGCGAACGUUCCGAAAUUCCGGAAGUCGCCGUUGAAGUCUCGCUGCAGCCUUGGCGCAAUUACCAGACUGAUGGAUGCAUUCUCUUUUCCGAUAUUUUGACUCCUUUGCCAGGUAUUGGAUGUGAAUUUACCAUUGAUGAAAAAGUUGGUCCUCUUAUGGAACCGAUGCGCUCCUACGAUGACAUCAAAAAGAUGCACCCCAUGGACCCAUACAAGUCCACGCCAUUUGUCGCCGAAGCUCUCAAGGCUUUGCGCCAAGAAGUUGGUCCGGAAACUGCUGUAUUAGGCUUUGUUGGAUGCCCUUAUACACUGGCAACAUACAUUGUGGAAGGCAAAACAUCCAAGGAAUACCUGGAAAUUAAGAAAAUGGCCUUGAACGAACCUGAUCUUCUUCACGCUAUUCUGCAACAAUUGGCGGACAACAUUGGAGACUACGCCCUUUUCCAGAUUGAGAACGGCGCCCAGCUGAUUCAGAUUUUUGAUUCUUGGGCCGGACAUCUAUCACCCCGGGACUACAAUACUUUUGCAGCUCCUUACCAAAAGCAAAUUCUUGACAAAAUUAAGGAAAAGUACCCUGACGUCCCGACGGUCAUUUACAUCAAGCACUCAGGUGCAUUGAUUGAACGCAUGGCGGCGACGGGCGUAGAUGUCGUUUCGUUAGACUGGACUGUCGAUAUGGCGGACGGGCGUGAUCGCAUCGAGGCCGGACGCAAGUCCGCUGGUCUUGAAGGACGUGGGGGUGUACAAGGAAACUUGGAUCCAGCCGUUUUAUUCGCCAAUCACGAUGUUAUUGAAGAACGAGCGAUUGAAAUUCUCAAAAAAGCAGGCAGCGUUGGGCAUGUCAUGAACUUGGGGCAUGGUAUUGAAGCCGCUACACCAGAAGAAAACGCACACCAUUUUAUUGAAACUGUCAGAGGCUAUCGUCAUGAGGAGUAGACAUUCAUUAAAUAUAGAUUGGUUGAUCAUUAUUGUAUAACUUCAAAAUAGUACAGCGAUAAACACACUCUUUGGCUUCUGAAGGUUGUCUUAAACCAUAAGUCUUACUUCGUUGUCUGUUCCACGAACUCCGGCUCCGUCUUCUCUGUGAAAGUCGGCGAUCCAAACCGAGCCUAGGGAUUCUAGUGCUGCAGCAUAGCUUGACACGUCUUUUUCACGUUUGAAUGGAAGAGCGAGCCCUCCUUGCCAAGUGCUGAACCGAUAUGCCGAAACUGUAUGUUUCGAAGGAUGAAUUCGGAUCGAAUGACCUACGUGACAAGCAUGGCUGCUGCUCGAAUGAAAUUUGGAAUGACCGCACUCUAAUCGAAAUACCUUGAGAUUCGACAGUGAAUUCACGCUCUUUCGAAAGUCGUCCAAUCCGACUUUGGGACUUGCUGAGACUAAGCUGCCUAUACGCAAUUCCGGCCGUGCGGAUGCAUACCGGUAAGAGGCCAAUGUAGCCAAACCAGCGGCGUACCCGUGUCCUGAAAAGACCACGUCAUAAAAAGGGUUCUCUUCAACAAGUUGAUCUAUCAAGGUAAACAGCUUUCCUUCAAUUUCGCAUAGCGCCUUGUACCGAUCAAUGAAGACACUAACGUGUAUUCCAGUAUCCUUCAGAAUGGUUACAUUGGUGUCUUUGGGAGCUUUUCCUAGUUGUUCGGUAUUCGUACCGCGAAACACGCAAAGAAAUUGCCGUUGCCUCUCAACAAUCAAAACUUCUCGGCGGCUGCUUGGAUCGCUGUUAGACACGUCCGAGGUGAGAAAGCCACAGAUUUGCUGAAUGUCACUGCCGCACUCCAAAAGUGACUCCACGAUUGGUCGGUGACAAUCAGCUAUCUUUCCUGUAAGACUACCAUAGCUACCACGAGCAAACGAAGCAAGCUCCAUCCGACUUGCUCCUGUUAAGUCAUUUAGAUUCAGCAAACAUUCCUCUUUUUGAUAUGUCUCAAGAUAUUGAGAGAGUCUGAUGCAAACCUGGAACUCAGUCUUGGCUGGUAUGCUAACUUGCCAUUCAGCUGCUUCGUAUUCAGGGGUACGAAUGGUUUCCAUACCGGUCAAGAACGAUGUUGGACGCGGCUUGGCAAGUGAUGGUAUGGCAAGGGAAUCCUUCACUUUCGCUGUCUUGUCGAAUUCUUUCUGCACGUCCCACAAUUCUUGAAGCAAUGGAGACGUGGGGUUCGCUUUGAUGCUAGCACCGGUAGAUCUGCCUCUAGUCGCUGUGGCUGGCUGUUUGUUUUGUGUUCGUAGACCCUUUGAUGUACUAGUCGCAGUUGCAAAAUAAUCGGUCUUGCGAUUUGUUUUUCUUUGCCAUGGAAGAAAUGUUCCUUUUUCCUUUUUCACGGGGCUUGUGUUUUUAGGAAUCACUUUCUGAUUAUCAUGUCGGAUGGUGGUCAGAGUCUGAGGCUCUAACUGAGAACUUGAGUUGCUAGACGAUAGUUUGCUUAGUUCCAUUGCUAAGACGCGGAGUUCCGAGGCCAUAUCCGGGGGAGUGAAUGGACGAUUAUCCGGUGAUCCUUCCCCAUCUCGAGACUCUUCUGGCUGACAAGGUGGUGUGACGCUUCCUGAGAGGUGCGUCGACCGAGCGGCUACGGGAUGCUUUGUUUUCGUGGAGAAAAAGGGGUCAAACCCAGCUAAAGCGUUAUUCUGAUAUUUGGUGCUUCCUAUCGGGACGGUGUUGUGUCCAGCUAGGUGACUGCUGUUUGAAAUAGGCAUGGUGGUCGGCUGUCUUCAACUGUCCUUUGUUCAAAAAAUUAGUGAUGCGAUAAGAGCAACACUGGUUGGUACCUGGGAUCAAAUCGGGCGUGAUUAAUAAAGG